CUAAGAGUUCCAUCUGAUGAGCUUUAUCGCACGAAAUCAACUAUUUUCGAUCCCUGAAGCCUGAGCUGAUAUAUCAGCUAGAUAUGGUCCCGCGGGUCAGCAGGAAUUACGAUCUCUUACCAAGAUCAGUUUGGCUUAUGCAAGACGGCGUAAUAUGUGCUGACGCAAUCCAGGGGCUUCGCUUUCUUGAACGCGAAGCUAUAAAAUGCUGCUUCAUCACACCACUAUGUCCCUGCUUUCCCUCUCAACCUCCUCUCUCUCCCAAAAAUGUCGAAGAAAACUGAAGACAAACUCAACGUCGUCGUCGUCGGUGGUGGUUACGGCGCUACUGCCGCCCGUCAACUCUCCGCAAAGCUAGAUGCCUCGAAAUACAACCUCAUUCUCAUCAACUCUCGUCCAUACCGCUUCCAUCUACCUGCCUUCAUUCGGCUGGUCGUCUCCGAUGUCGACAACCUCGAAAAGACCGCCAUGGCAGGUUACGAGAAGCUGUUCCACAACAACAACGGUACUUUUAUCCAGGCUUCGGUAACUGGUAUCCAGAAGUCAGAGACUGUCGGCGGCAGCGUUAUCCUUGACAACGGCGAAAAAGUGCCCUUCCAUGUUUUGAUUCUAGCGACUGGAUCGACGUGGAGCGGACCCUUGGAUUUCCCAAAUUCCAAAGGCGACAUCUCCGCCUUCUUGACGAGUGAACGCUCCAGAUUCCAGGAUGCCAACGACAUCGUUCUCGUUGGAGGUGGCUCUGUCGGUAUUGAGUAUGCGGGCGAAAUUAAGGACAUCUGGCCCAACAAGAAAGUCACCAUAAUACAUGGCGGAAGCAAGCUGUUGAACGACACAUACCCAGAUCGAUUCCGGAACAAGAUGGAGAAUGGAAUGAAAUCCCGCGGUGUGGAAAUUGUGUACAACGACUAUCUCGACGACAUACCGACCUCGGGUGCUGAAAGUGUCACCACUCGGAAAGGAAAGACCAUCAAGGGUGAUCUCUUCGUUCCAGCUUGGGGUCCCAAACCCAACACGGGUUUCAUUGCCUCGUCUCUCCCGGGCGCCGUCACAGACAAAGGGUUCGUGAAGAUCAAGCCCACCCUGCAAUUCGCUUCUUACCCGGAAAUAUUCGCUCUGGGUGAUAUUCUGGAUUGGAAGGAACAGAAGCAAGCUGCCAAGGCGAAUGCCCAUGCAGCUUUGAUUAGCACUAAUGUUCUGAACUACCUCGAUGGAAAACCUUUGAAGGAAUACAAGGGAAGCUACGAGCUAAUUUUGGUUACGAACGGAAAGAAUGGUGGUGCCGCCUACUUCGGUGUACUUUGGGGCAUUGUUUUGGGAGAUUGGGCUGCGAGAUUGACCAAGUCCAAGACCCUGCUCAUACCCAUGUUCCAGGCUGCUCAAGGAUUGUAAGACGUAGAUUAUUUUUUCCAUACUUAAAUUAUUGGUUUAGAUAUCACA